CGUUUCUGUGUCUCGCCACAGUGAGAAACGUUGGAUAGUCGUGUUUACUUGCUUCGUGACACGCGCUGUUCAUUUGGAGGUGAGUGCAAACCUGACAACGCAGUCUUGUCUAAUGGCUAUUCAUCGUUUCAUGGCUCGCAGAGGGCCACCGCGAGAAUUCUUUUCCGAUAACGGGACCAAUUUGAGAGGAGCCAGCAAGGAAUUGAUGAGACAAAUCAACGAUAUCAACAGCGAUUGUGCGGAUGAAUUGAUCGACUCGCGCAUGAAGUGGACUUUCAAUCCACCUGCCGCCCCUCACAUGGGCGGUGUUUGGGAGCGCUUAGUGAGGUCGGUCAAGGAAGUUUUGGACACCUUGAACGACGGAAAGCGGUUGACAGAUGAAAUUCUGCACACAUCGGUGACGGCAGCUGAAGACCUAAUUAACUCGAGGCCGCUAGUUUACGUUCCGCAAGAGGUGUCAGAAGCAGAAGCACUUACUUCUAAUCACUUUCUGCGUGGUAUUUCACCAAACGAGGCACAGAUGAUUUCACCUCCGCCACAUACAGCGGAAACGUUGCGGGAUGCGUACAAACGUUCGCAGGAGUUGGCACAAAAUAUGUGGGUACGAUGGAUUCGGGAAUACGUUCCCUCAUUGAACCAGCGAGUAAAGUGGCACGGAGAAACGAGAAUGCUGAAAAAAGGGGACCUGGUUUACUUGGUCGAGGGAUCUAAACGGAAAUCUUGGGUGCGAGGAAGAAUCGAAGAGGUCAUAACAGCGAGUGACGGACGAGUACGGCAAGCAUGGGUUAGAACGAGCAGCGGUUUGUUUCGGCGUGCUGUUGCGCAGUUAGCAGUGAUCGAAAUAGACGAGGCAGAUGAAGGUAAAACCAGACCGGAAGUGACCCCCGGACCAGGUUUACGGGUCGGGGAAAUGUUGAGAGCACUGCACUGAGCACAACGGCCGAGGAGCGCGUUCCCAGCGCCCCGUCAAUGUCAGGAAAUAUGAGACGAUAAAAAUGGUAAACAAACAACAUAGGCGAAAAAAUACAGUUUAGGAGGAAGUUAAAGCGAGAGUUAGAAAUAGAAGAAGAUUAUAAAGAGUGGAUAAAACGUGGUUGAUCGAGACAGUCGAAGAGCAUCUAGCCGACGGUGGUUGGAUUUACUUGAUUAGGUGAGGGUGUAUUUAAUAAUUAGCUCAAUUAGUACGGUACAGGGUUAAAUAAAUAUAAUAUAUGGGUUAAAACUUACAGCUAAAUUAGGAGAUAAAAGCGACAUAAAAGUUAAAACUAACAUUAAGGUGCAGCACAGAGCACGUGAGUAAUAAAUAAAACAUAUACAAUACUUGUGAUUUCUAAAACCAGACUUAAACUAGGAUUAACAAUUAACCGUUGAUGCGAAAGGCGUAAAAAGGCUAAAUCUGCAAAGAGGGAAUCACGAAACUAAAAUUCUUUGAUCUGCCACUGUAAGGCCGAUUCAGGAA